CUCAAUGCGCAGGGCAAAUGCGCCGGUGGCAAUGACAUCUGUAUGCUUUUGUGUAUCGAGCACACAUUCCUCGGUGUGUAAGAUUGCUUUAAAGAGCGUAGUCGCCGCUUCGAGUUAUCGCGGGAGGGGAGUGAGACUAUUUCCACUCCGUGCAUAGAGGAGAUGCUGCAAUGACGAAGUACUCGACAUAAUGAACCCACAAAGACCCUGUGGCUGUUUCGUCCCAUCAAACUCGCGCGAGCAGUUUGGAUGACUAGACGCUCGCGGGCGUCGCGGAAUGAAGUUACAACUGAAAUAAGUUAUGUGAUUGCGACCUGAUCGCAGUGGGUGCAGAUCAGCAUAAUCAGAGUGAAAACCAUAAGCUCGGUGUUUGACCAUGAAACCACGUGGAAUUUCUCUGCUUCUCUUGAUCCUCUGCUUCCACGCUAUUCUAUCGGGGUCAACUAAGUACCAGCAGAAUUCGGCCGACGAUGAGGACGACCGGGACGAAGACGAGGACGAGGACGACAGCACCGAGGGCUACCAGAAACCCGAGGUCGACGACGACGGGCGGAUAUACAAGAACCCGCGAAACUCACCGUCCUCGAUGUGCCCCCGGGACGAGGAACAGGCUGAUCGUCUUAACCAGAAGUGUCUGAGGAAGUGCUUGACCGACGAGGACUGCAAGAGCAAGAAGAAGAAAUGCAGGUGCGACGGAGCUUGCGGUAUGUCCUGCAUAAAGCCGGACCGAGAGUGUCCCGAGCUCCAGGAAAUCUCGUACGCGAUGAUGACGGUUACGGGUAGAUUUUUUGGCGAUACCGUGCAGUACGUUUGCGAUCCAAGCUACUUCGCAGUCGGUCUUUCGGUGCGUUCCUGCAGGGCGGACGGCAAGUGGACCGGCUCAACGCCGUCCUGCAAAAAGGACAACAACACCUUUUGCGGCGAACCACCACAGGUCACGAAUGCCAGGAACAACGCCCUCACGGAACAGAUGACCUUUGACCUCGACAGCACUGUCCGGUACUUCUGCAACCAUGGAUACGCGACCGACGGUUUUCUGGUCGCCAAGUGCCUGACCAAAAAUAAGAAUCCGGCCACCUGGUUUGGCCCUGAUAUAUCCUGCAAGCCAAAGGACUGCGGCCCGCCAACCAACAUCGCCAACGGAUGGCACGCUGGUGAAUGCUACAUAUACAACUGUCGUGUGUCGUACCACUGUACUCAGGACUUCGAACUGGUUGGUAGAGAAGAGAAGGUCUGCACAGCCGACGGCACCUGGACACCAAAAGAGUCACCGCAGUGCGUUCAGGUGAGCUCGGUGCAGUGUCCACCACCUCAAAAUCCGCGUCACGGAAAGGCCAUCUACACCUCAUGCGCGUUUAAUGCCAUCGUAUCCUACGAGUGUCAAUAUGGAUUCGCAGUGGUUGGGGACACCACCAGAAGGUGUUUGGCCGACAAAAAAUGGUCGGGUGAGCCGCCAGUCUGCGAGGAAAUCAACUGCGGGGACCCAGGGACCCUGUACAAUGGAUGGAUCGAGAACAUUGAAUCAGGUACGGGACUAGGUGCAACGAUAAUUUUCCGAUGCAAUCCGCACAUGAAGCUGGAAGGGAACGCCUCAUCAGUUUGCCAAAUCGACGGACACUGGCGCUAUCCGUUACCGCGUUGUCUGGCUCCCUGCAUCGUUCCAAAAAUACAAAAAGGCCACGUUUCAAUCGCGACUCGUGCAGACGAUCGGAUAAACAACGUAUCAGUAGUCGAACACGGCGAGAGGUUGAUAGUCGACUGUCAGACGAACUACGAGUUCCCCUCGAAUAGAACACCCGUCGAAUGCAACAAUGGUACCUGGACAGUCAUUCCACGAUGCAAACCAGCCAGGUGCAAACAGAUGCCAAGAACCCCUCGGAACGGGAUGGUAAUCGCACCUAAAACGGAGCAUGGAAUGAGGGCGGUCUUCAAGUGCAAGGACGGCUUCGAGCUCAUUCUCAAAGGCGACUCGCACUACGUUCAGUGCAGCUUCGGAAAUUGGACGGGUGAGAUUCCGUACUGUCGUGAAGUUUUUUGUCCGUUUCCGGGUUUCAUACCGAACGGUAAAGUAUUGCUGGUCGGAAACAUGGGUGUCUACGACUUACGGCCUUAUGUCAAGAAGAUUGUGAACAACAAACAAAUCAUGUACGACUGCGACCGAGGGUACGUAUUGAGUGAAGGAGCUCCUGGAGCCACCUGCAUCGGUGGCCACUGGAGCCCGAAGGAGUUGCCCAAAUGCGUGCUUGGUCAGCAUCCUCGACUACGAUGGAGCCGACGAAGGAGGUCUUUAAUCGGCAAAAAGCGCAAGGCUGGCCACGAUGCUUGGCCACAUAACGGAAUUAAGAAAUUCUCUUUCAAGAAGAUGAAGAAGCAAUUUCGCCAUUUCGAAGUCCAUCCAGCGUUAAAUCGACGGCGCCGUAGAAAUCGAAAGUGUCGCGUUCACUCCAAAUAG